GACGUUACAACCCCCCCCCCCCUCAGGAGUCUUCCUUUUCCGGCCGCGCUGCCGCCGCCGCUGCCGCCAUGGCGCGAGUUUACAUCGGCAAGCUGAGCUACCAGGCGCGCGAACGGGACGUGGAGAGAUUCUUCAAGGGCUUUGGCCGUCUCGUCGACAUCACCGUCAAGAAUGGCUUUGGCUUUGUGGAGUUUGAGGAUGCCCGCGACGCGGAUGAAGCCGUCUAUGAACUCAACGGGAAGGACAUGAUGGGCAUGCGCGUGAUCGUAGAGCGCGCGCGUGACUCCUCCCGCGACGGCCGCUGGGGGGGGGCCCCCCCCUCGCGAUUCUGCAGGUACAACCCUACACUCCAGCCCAGAGGCCAUGGGCGCCGGUUCGGGCCACCUGUACGCACCGAGUACCGUCUCGUUGUGGAGAAUCUAUCUAGCCGCUGCAGCUGGCAAGACCUGAAGGACCACAUGCGGCAGGCGGGCGAGGUGACGUACGCGGACACUAACCGUGGGCGAGCCAACGAGGGCGUCAUCGAGUUCCGCACGCUCGCCGACAUGCGCCGCGCGCUUGACAAGCUCGACAACUCGGAGCUGUACGGGCGCCGCAUUCGCCUGACGCGGCAGCGCGCCUCAAGAUCUGGCUCGCGUAGCCGCUCCCGCUCGCGAAGCAGGAGCCGCCGUCGCUCGCCCUCCCGUUCGCCACGGAGACGCUCCGGGUCUCGCUCGCCACGGAGACGCUCCGGGUCUCGCUCGCCACGGAGACGCUCCGGGUCUCGGUCUCCACGGAGACGCUCCGGGUCUCGGUCUCCCCGAAGACGCUCUGGCUCUAGGUCUCCGCGGAGACGCUCCGGGUCUCGCUCGCCGCGUAAGCGUUCGGCUUCCCGAUCGCCGCGUAAGCGGUCGGCUUCCCCGUCGCCACGGAAACGGUCUGCUUCCCGGUCUCCACGCAAACGCUCCGUUUCCCCAUCCCCACGGAAACGCUCGGCUUCUCCGUUGCCGCGAAAGCGAUCCGCUUCCCCGUUGCCACGGAAACGAUCCCCUUCUCGGUCACCGCGGAAACGAUCGGCUUCCCCGUCACUGCGGAAGCGAUCCGCUUCCCCGUUGCCAAGGAAGCGGUCCGCUUCUCCGUCACCACGUAAACGGUCCGCUUCCCCGUUGCCACGUAAGCGAUCGGCGUCCCCGGUGUCACGGAAACGCUCCACCUCCCCCGCUUUGCGCAAGGGCUCCCGAUCUCAGUCGCCACGGAAACGCGCCCGCUCUGCUUCCGGCAGCCGCUCGCGUUCCCCAUCCCCCCGCGCGGCCUCACCCACAGCCGCAGCCCCGUGACCUGAGGUCGCAACCUUCCCCCGACCCUGUACCUCCUCUCCCUUCCAUUACCCUCUGUGUCACCCAUGAACUCCCUGUACCCGCAUAACCCCACCCCUGUACCCCUAACCAUGCCUUUAGCUCCUUGACUUUUCUGUAUCCCCCUUGAACCUUUACCGGUACUCCUGGCCAUUCACUUUGCUUAACCCUUUACUCCCAUUGCUACCCUCUUCCCCCAACCUGCCCCUAUCUCUUGAAUCUCCCAGAAUCUCUAAGUCAUCUCGGUACCCUCAUGGUCCUCCCUGUACGUCCCCCAUAACCCUUCCUCGACCGCGAGUAACCCUCCCUGUAUGUCUACCUGUCAGCCAUGUACCCAGUUUUUCCUUGUAAGAAUUGUACCCUAUAGCUAUCCCCUCACUCUCCCUGACUCAUCCCUCUUUUCCCCUCCCUGUAUCCCCUAAUUCUACCAUUGUGCCCCCCUCUUUUUACCUUCCCCUGUAUUCCCCCUAACUCAUCAUUCACCGAUUUAGAAAAGCAAUCACCUGUCAAUUACGUUCAUUGAUAAACAGGUGAGAACUACAUUUGUGGCGUUAGUUUAGUGGUGAGACGUGUGGGGCCUUGUACGUUAGGAAAGUGGUUAAACGUAACUCCUUUUAGGCCCUACAAGUGCCCUUGUGACCCCCACCUACCGCCUCGGGGACAGGGUUUCCCAGACGACAUUCCUCACGCCGCAUGAUGACGCGCCUCCCCUUGUUCAACCAACUACUUCCAAUGCAGAUUAAGCCGCCACAAGCGGCACGCGCCUGAUGUUUGGUGAACGAGUCCCCUCCCAGCAAGAUGGAGUGUGCUGUUUCAGAGAGAAAAUGUGUGACAUUGGACACAUCCGCCGCACGCACUAAAGUUACGCGCGACACGUCGAUUUUAACCAGCACGCGCACAUGUGCGACACAUCGUUAUGACUUAGUUUCCUACUUGGAACAGAGACCAUUGGUAAACGUCUUCUGCUACCACCGUUUUUUGGAACUCCCUUUCCCAGGCCAUCUUUGCUAUCGAUCCCUGCGGUAUCGUUAUGGUUCAGAGCUCAAGACCGUCUGCAGCUUUGACAGUUUCUCUUAACGACCGCUGGCGAAAUGCCUAAUUUUCCCUCGUCCCUCUUGUUUCUACUCGGCGUCUAGAGAUGCAGGCGCUUUCAGACGCGAUUAUAAAUCCCACACUGUUCCGUGUAAUGUGGUCACUUGCAAGCUUUGAGACUUUGUGAAACCGGGCCCCCAGUGCCCACUUGCGCAUACCCUGCUCCCAUGGUACCAUCGAAAUUCAGUCCUAGAAGGGCCACUUAAGCCCACUUUCAUAUCGCCGCUUCUGCAAUUUGCGUUCACGUUUAUCUUUCAGUGCCGUUGUCUUGUGUUUUUAUUUUUUAAAUUUGAAUGUCUGAGUACCCCCCCCUCCUCCCACCACCUCUGGAAAACAAAUUUUAGUUGGUCCGGAUUCUCUGGGGAGGGGGGGUUUGGGAGUCCGUGCAGUGUGUUUUGACUGGGAGAGGGGGGGUAAGUGUGUAUGUGUGCGCGUGUGUCGCCCGUGGGCUUGGGGGGUAGAGGAGAGGCGGUUGGGGUUAAUGGAGUGAGGGAUGUGAUGGGAGUUAUGAAUUGUCAGUGCAGCUGGGGGCAUGGUGGGGGAGCGGCGAUUACAAACGAACGGCGCUGUCAAACCUCGGCGCUUCACCCUCGCAACCGGUCAAUAAAUUUCUAACAAAUCCUGUGUC